ACUCGGCUCGGCGAAAGAACUUCUAAAAAUGAGUUUUCACUACGGACAGGGUUAUCCAGGCGGGGGUCCCCAGCACCACCCUCCCCCAGGGGCACCCUACAGAGGCCAAGCCCCAGCAGGGGGUUCCUACGGAGGGGCCCCUAACCAGCCAGGCGGCCAGUACGGAGGGGCCCCCGGAGCUCCCUAUGGUGGAGGUCCCAGAGGCCCCGGGCAAUAUGGACAAGGAGCCCAGGGGCAGUACGGUCAAGGGUGGCAGCAAUAUAUACCGGGCCAAUACGGACAGGGUCAGGGCCAGGGCCAGGGGCAGAAUGGACAAGGCCAUGGUCAGGGCCAGUAUGGUCAAGGUGGGGGAGGAGCGCCGGGAGGGCCCUAUGGAGGAGGAGGCCAGGCUCCAGGAGGGCCCUACGGGGGAUACGGACAACCACACAUGGCACAAUACGGACAACAGGCACCAGCAGGUAACGCACCCCCGGGGGUUCACCCGGAAGCGCAGCAGUGGUUCAGCUCGGUGGAUACGGACCGCAGCGGCUUCAUCACGCAGAGGGAGCUCAAGCAAGCUCUGCUCAACUCCAACAGCUCCCCCUUCAACGAGGAGACCUGCAUGAUGAUGUUCAACAUGUUUGACACGAGUCGUUCGGGCCGUAUGGAUAUCUUUGGCUUCUCUGCGUUGUGGACGUACCUGCAGCAGUGGAAAGGCAUGUUCCAGCAGUUCGACAAAGACAAGUCAGGCAGCAUCAACAGCAACGAGAUGCACCAGGCGCUGUCCCAGAUGGGCUAUAACCUGAGUCCCCAGUUCAUUCAGAAGCUGGUGCAGACGCAUUCUCCUCGAGGGCAACAGGGGAACAUGUACCUGGACCGCUUCAUACAGGUGUGUUCCCAGCUGCAGACCAUGACCCAGGCGUUCCGUGAGAAGGACUCCGGCAUGACUGGCAACGUGCGCAUGAGCUAUGAAGACUUCCUGGGUGGCUCCAUCAGGCGCCUCAUGUGAUGAUGCCCUUACCCAAAAGAUGGUGGUCAUCGGCUGUAUUGACCCUACCAAGAUGGCCUUCCGAAACUGUCAGAAUAGGUCUUAGACGUAUAUAAUGUACAUAAGCUGUGUUCAUGAUUGGUGCAGAGCGCUUGGAGCACUGUGGAGCACCCCAGGGGCCUAUACUACAAAACUGGUUCAGGAGUAAACCAGGCUAAGUUAAGAGGUAAAUCAUCUAAUAGAUUGACCUCUUACCGUAACCUGGUUUACUCCUGAACCAGCUCCUUAGGGCCCUGGUCUCUAGAAUACCUGAUGCUGAAGGUUAUCAUCCAAAGAUCUGCCUCAGCUGCUGUAAAUCUGCUCAAUCGUGAACACGGCCGUAGAUGCCCAUUGGCUGCUAGGUGAUGUGCAGAAUCACCACUGGCCCCAUAAGAGCUGUUCCAAAAUGAUGGUGCAAAAAAUACAGUGCAAAAGUAGAAGGCACACUUUAGAAACAAGUGGUGCUGCUUCUUCUGAAGGUAUAUGUUGCUCUGUUACCUUAUCGUUUAAGAACCUCCAGCUGCCAAUGUGGCAUCCAUGAACAGGUAUAUACUAUGUCUAUGGCAGGAGCCAUCAUUAUCUACCUUACCAAGAUGGCAGCCAUCACAUAUCGACCUUGUCAAGAUGGACAUUGACAGCAAUAGCCAUCAGUUUUGACCUUCUCAGUAGCGGACUCCACUGUGUCUUCACACAAACCCACCACAGAUCAGGACCAGAAUCAGGCAUCCCAUCUCUCCAAAGUGUCGUUGGCCCUGUUUGGGAUCUGUUUGCGCACAUGUGCACUAUGCAAUCGCAAUGUAUUGUGGUCAGAGAUUUCUAACCAAAUGCAUUGCAAUUUCGUGCUGCGUGUGUGCAUGUGUGCUGUGCAGAUCUGCGUGGCCUGUUCCAUCACAAACAGGCCCAAUGUCUUGUCUGUCUGUGGGUCAAGAUAUUUAGGACCAGAGCACUGUUUUUCAUGCACAUAAUUCUUCAUUCAAGACUACAUUAUACAAUACAAUUUGAGGCCAAAGAAAUAAUGCAGUUUUCAUUAUUUCCAUCAUUCAACCCCAGCUAGAGCACUGGUCAUAGUUAAGAUAAAUAGACAAGCAAAGACAGUGUUCUUGGAGUUGGUCUGUUGCUUUCUAGUUAUUCCCAAGCGACCCCUCCACCAGCUACAGUAGCUUUCCAUUGCCACUACCAUUUACAACAAGAUUGCCAUUUGGUCAUUUUAGUUGGAGGAACUCAUCUUAGGAGCGUAAAUGCAAUAAUGUUGGUUAUAGUAAGUAUUACUACUCAUAGUAGUAAUUUAUGUUUACUUAGUUAUGUAGUUUGUAGAAUACUUAAAUUACAAAGCUAUGUAAUUAAUCAUUCCAAAAUUUUAUUCAAGGUGCUGGAUGAAAGCAUCUUUUCAAAGCGUAACUUAUGAGCUUGUGUACAGUAUCAUCUGUAAGCAAAUCUAUUGCCAACCAUUCAGUACCUGACCGUACAUAGCCACUUCACCAGAUGACUAUGUAGUUUAAAUGUUUCUUCAUUACAUUAUUAUCAUUAUUAUCAUUAUCACUCUAUAUGUGUUGAAAAGCUAUUUUACACGCUGCAUUAAGCUGUUGAAGACAUUGUUUACAUCCCCCAUUUGGCUUUGUCAUUUUAUUGCUUAUGUCAGUUUAUAGCAGGUCUUCACUUAUUAUAAUUGUAAUGAUGUCAGGAAUCUCCUAUGCUUAUGGCAUGUGCCAAACACUCUCAGUAACCUCUCUUCAGUCUGGCCUAUAUUAUCACCCUCAAGCGCUUACUUCAUAUUCUACUGCAAUGCAUUGCGUGUGUGUGUGUGUUCAUGUGCGUGCGCGUGUGUGUGCGCGUGUGUGUGCGCCAAUGUGCCAGCGCCAGACUGGCAUUCCACUCUCGUCCUACUGGACCAUAUUACCUUCAAGUGCUUAUUUUAGUCCGCCAAUCCUAUUCAGCCUUAAUGUUGGCCAAUGUAAACCAGAUGCAUAAAUUUACAUAGUAUGGAAGCUUCUGCAGAUGCUGUUGUAUAUAGUACAAUAUGGGAGUCUAUAUGAAAGUGCCAUUUAUUCCCCAAAAUGAUUUCCCCUGCCCUGUGCUUCUAUGUUGACUGAUGGUGGUGCCAUGAACAGAAGUGUCAACACUGGGUCCAAAUGUUGCCACACAUUUUAUAUAAUAACUAAAUCUGAAUCAGCUGAUUUCAAAUAUGGACUCAGAUCAGCUACUCUUUGGAGCCACCUGUGGUAGAAGGACAAUGUGACAACAAAGGUUUUACUCUCUGAACCCCGUUUUCCUCUUCAGUGCCACUCUUUGCCUUUUGCUUUCAAAUGUAGGCAAUAUCUUUUUUUUUUUAAGCUGUUUGACCAUCAGCAGCCUCAUCAGCAGUCUGUAUAAAGCACAACACAGCACUCAUAUCAAAAUUGUGUUGGCUAACCAUGAUUAGGGUAGAAGGUAUGAGUGUUUUUUGUAGAGUUAAGGUUAAGAUUUAUCUCAAUCGUAAACCUUUGCAAUCUCUAGGCUACUAUAUUAUGUCGUAUACUAAGUGUAGACCUCUGAACCUGUGAAUUAACCUGGAAAAUCUAAAAAUGCUUUCUGAUGUGCGUAUUCUUUGACAAUGUAUAUCCUUUGUGAUCCUUGUGACUUGAUUUGUACGCAAUGUUGAAAAAAAUAAACAAAAACAUUGUCUAUUA